AUGGAAAGAAAGAAGCAACGCUCGGUUGAGGGAAAUGAAGGGCGCGAGACACAGGCGGAAAGCCUGACCAUCAUCGGCUUGCCGCGCGCAUUCAACCCCAAGGCAAGCGCGGCCUGCAUGACGACCAUAGGACUCCUUUUCCUCUUCUUCCUCUAUCGUCGCCACCGCCUGAGCUUCUCUUGGCCCUAUGAGAGGCAGCAAAUCUCUGCAUACUCGGAGGGAUCCUUCUACUACUCCUUCUUCGGCGAUGUCGUCUCUGCGCCGACGUGGACGGAAGGCCUGCGCGUGCUGCUAAAUGAUGAGAGAUCCGAGCACCCCGACGUUAUCAACGCCCUCCGCAGGUUCAACGUCUACCAAGAGCUACUCGCGGGGUUGCUGUAUCGAGGCGUCCGCGCACUCCUCGGAGACAGCGGGAUGACUUUGUAUAUCGCGCGAACGCCCUUUAACUUCUAUACAGCAUGCGUUUUUCUCCUCCAAGCCUUCGGCGUCGCCGUGCUCGCGGGCCUCGCCGCUGUAACAGGUGGCAGCGCGUUCUGCGCCAUCGCCUGUUUCGGAUUUUUUUUCGCGAACUAUUUUCACCGCUUGAUCGUCCGUGUUCAAGCCGUUCCGCUGAGGGAGAACUGGGCGUUGCCGUUUCUCUGGAUGAACGUCGCUGCCGUCGUCAUGCUGCUCCAGGCGCAUGCGCAGAGGCAGCGACUAAGUUUGAAGAUAUGGCAGGCGCGCCGGCGCGGAGACGACCAAGGUUCCGCCUGGUUGCCUGCCAGCCGCCGCCAGGCAUCCGCCACGGCUGCCUUGCGAAAGCGGGAAAACUACCUCCUCGUCGUCCUGUUUGUCUCCACGCUCUUGCUCCUUCUCUUCUGGCAGUUCGGCGUUUUCGCGCUCACCACGCAGGUCGCGGCGCUGUUUGCGGUAGCUCUCAUCGGCUUCCCAGUCGAGCGCCUCCUCCGACGCAUGCUUCUCGUCCUUUUAGGAGCGUUCGUCGUGAAUGUGCUGCUGCAAUUCGUUCCAAGAUACUUGCUCCUCUCGUUCCUUCCACACACGCUGGUCUCUGUGCUGGCGGUGCUCUACGCCUCCUCGGCCUUCCGCGAACGACGCACUCAAGCAGAGGCCGCCAGCAAGACCCGGCGCUUCUUCGCUUCGCUUUCUCUCCUAUCGAGGAACUUCAUUCGGGGGCUGGUGGCUGUCGGGCUCUGCUUUCUCAUCCGCGCCUCGCUCCGCAGCUUCGAUAAAGAUGACUCGCACGUCUUCCAACUGCUUCUGUACAAGCUCGGCUUGGCGCCCAGUUCGUUCGACACGCAAAUUUACCUCAUGGGCGGGACGGAAUUCGAGUUUUUUUCGCUGUAUUUUUUCAACUUGAUCGCGCCCUCCCGCCUCUUUGUCUUCGCUGGCGCGGGUCUCUUCGUCUUUCUCCUUCUCGCCUCCGAGCAGCUUCUUUUCCUCCACAGGGUGCACCGCCUCGCGCCCGGCCUCUACGCGAGUCUUAAUGAGGAAUCUCUGAAUGAAUCGAUAGAUGAUAACGAUAGAAAAGGGGUCUGUGGGGACCCCACCGGAGACAAGAAGCAUGAUAAGAAAUUCUGCCACUCUGCUUCGCCUCGCAGUCGCAGAGAACAAGCAGCAAAUUCGAGCGCGUUUCAGAUAGCGGGCGACGGCGACGUCCGGCGUCGCGGGAAGACUGCGGCGGCCGCGAAAGAGACGGAAGCGAGCUCUGAGGACGAAGACGCUGCGACGCUUGCCGCAAAGAAGCGGAAGGAUGCGGAGAAGAAGCGCAAGCGCCUGGAAGAGCAGCUCGUCUCCAGUGUCGUCCUCACACCCGAUCUCUUUUAUCUCGCCGUGCAGACGCUGUUGUUCCUCGCCUUGAUGCUUCUUAUCGCUCGCCUCCGCGUGCUGUGCCUGCCGCUCCUCUGCGUGGCUGCCGCGGCCGUCGCCUCGCCGGCCAUUUGGCGUUCGCUCGCAUGCGCCUUCGCCGGUUGCUUCAACCUCCCGCUGAUCUCCAGGGUAGCCAGCCGCCUCGCUGGCGGUAGGCUCUGCCGUUCGCGCUUCUGGGGUGUAGUCCACCUCUUGCUCUUUUCUGCGGGCUCGCUCGUACCAUUCUAUAUCAAGCUCCCCGUCGAGGAGAUGACCGGCGUCGCGCCGACGACGGAGGACGCAGCGACGCCCAGUCGACUCUCGCUCGUCAAAUGGAUACAAGAAAAUCUUCCAGCGGAUGUGGCAAUCCUCGGUGACAUGCCUUCCUCCUCCACUCUCCGGGCGGCGACGAGCGCGCGCCUGAUCAUCCAUCCUCAGUUUGAGCAAGUCGAGAUGAGGCGCAGAGUUCAAUUUCUCUACGGCGCCUCUGCCUGCCCGCCCGAGGACCUCUACGCGACGAUGGCGCACCGAGUCUUCGCUGCAGAUUACCUUCUCAUCAGCAACUUCCGCUGUGCACAGGCGAGCGAGAACAGAAUCAGCGUGUUCAGCGUCGCGGACAUGGUUGAGGAGAAGGCCUUUCGCUGCCCUCCGGCCGUGAACCCCUUUGCGCGUUUCUGCUUCAAAGUCCAACUCGAGUCCUCUGCCUUCGAACUUGUCUACCGAUCUGGCACGUACGCCCUGCUCAAGGUGAAGGGCACAAAAGACGAGCGGGCCGGGGAGCAGGCGCUCGCAAGCAAGGACGCGCGGCGAGAAGAGGCGCGGCGCCUGAAGGGGAUGCUGCGGCAAGUCGACUUGCAGAAGAAAAACGAGUCGUACCUCUCGUUCGACUGGAAACACAAGGUUGCGAAGCUAGACACCUUCAAUCCGUGGCUGAAACACUGCGUCAAAGACGACACCAGAUGCGGGCGCGACAUUCAGGAAUUUGCGCAAGAGCUGCUUGACAUGUAUGGCCUGCAAGAAAUGAGUCGGCUGCUCCAGGAGAAGGCGGUCGAGCUGUUCCCACGAGACCCAGACGUGCUCUUCGGCUACGGCGUGUUUCUCGACUUUGACAUGCACGACGCCGGCAAUGCCACCCUGUACUACGAGAGGGGCGUGGACCUAGAUCCGAUGGACUUCGGGAAGAUUGUUCAGUUCGUUCUUUUCCUCGAUCAUGCCUCCGGGCGCAGGCGGGCGAUCGCGGCGGUAGACCGAGUGCUUUACCUGGAGCAGAUCCUCGACGCCAAAACCGACUUCGAGCUCGCCAAGGACGCCAGCAGCAUCUGCAAAGCCGCGAUGCUCCUCAACCAGCUCGUCCACGCGCAGGUCCAAGCAGGAGAUAUGCGUGAGAAGGCUUAUUUCAUCAACGAGCAGCGGCGCGUCAUGCGGCGGUUCUGGGAGAAGAGCAAGGCUCUGAACAUUCAAAGCGAGUGCGUCGUGGAGAGCUGGGAGCACAUGGAAAAUACCAAGCUGACGACUGCACGUCGCGUUCUUCACUUCUUUGUCGGCGAAAACGCGCUGUUCUCGCUCUUUGUGUAG